AUAGACAGAAUAAUUAAGAAUAGCGGCUAUAGUAAGUUGAUAAGGUCAUUCUAUUUUGCUUUUCCUCUUCUUCAGAAAGCUCCCAGAAAAACAGAAACUGAAGAAGAUAUAGCAGCCGUUCCCCCUUUUUUUUUUUUUUUUUUUGAAAAUCGAUAUGUCAAACACGAAUAUUUCAGAAACGGUUCCGUUUUUGCCGGAGAUGGAUGAUAACAACGACGAAGAUGGGAGGUGGUGGAAGAAUGUUUUGGAUUUGGAAGAGGCGAAGAAACAAGUGUUGUUUUCACUUCCAAUGAUUGUGACGAAUGUUGUGUAUUAUUCCAUAACUUUGGUGUUUGUCAUGUUUGCCGGUCACCUUGGGGAGCUUCAGCUUGCUGGUGCCACGCUUGCUAAUUCUUGGGCCACCGUCACUGGCUUUGCUUUCAUGACAGGAUUAAGUGGAGCACUGGAAACACUUUGUGGUCAAGGAUUUGGUGCCAAAUUUUACAGAAGAUUGGGAAUUUACCUCCAAUCUUCAUGCAUAAUUUCCUGUUCUUUCGCCGUUCUAAUAUCAAUCUCAUGGUUCUUCACCGAGCCCAUAUUGAUCUUCCUUCAACAAGACGCCGAAAUCUCGAAAACUGCGGCGCUUUACAUCAAAUAUCUCAUCCCAGGCUUAUUUGCUUACGGAUUGGUACAAAACAUACUGAGAUUCCUACAGUCGCAAAGUAUUUUAAUGCCUCUGGUGUGGUUUUCGGUUCUGCCAUUGGCACUUCAUUUGGGCAUCGUUUACGCAUUGGUUAAUUGGACGGAUCUGGGUUUCAAAGGAGCUUCAUUGGCAGCUUCGAUUUCGCUGUGGAUUUCACUUGUUUUGUUAUCGUCUUAUGUGGUUUUGGCCCAGAGAUUUGAGGAAACAUGGUCGGGAUAGUCGUCGGAAUCGUUUCGUUUGGUCUUCUCGAACCUGAAACUCGCCAUCCCUUCUGCGGCAAUGGUUUGUUUGGAAUAUUGGUCGUUCGAGCUUCUGGUACUAUUAGCAGGAUUGAUGCCUAAUUCAGAAGUAACUACUUCCUUGAUUGCCAUGUGUGUGAAUACAGAAUCAAUUGCGUACAUGAUUACUUACGGACUUAGUGCUGCAGCAAGCACGAGGGUUUCGAAUGAAUUGGGGGCUGAGAAUCCGAGGAAGGCAAAGACCGCCAUGGUUGUGUCACUCAAGCUUUCAAUCCUUCUGGCUCUAACAGUGGUUGUUGCAUUAGCUUUUGGGCAUAACAUAUGGGCUGCUUUCUUCACCAACACUGCUUCCAUUAUUAACCAAUUUGCUUCAAUCACACCCUUCCUUUUAAUCUCCAUUACCAUCGAUUCUUUUCAAGGCAUCUUAUCAGGGGUGGCCAGAGGAAGCGGAUGGCAGGUGUUGGUUGUGUGGGCUAACUUGGGGACCUUUUAUUUAAUUGGAAUGCCAGUUGCAGGGCUUCUUGCUUUUAAGUUUAAGCUUUAUGCUAAGGGUUUAUGGGUAGGGUUGAUAUGUGGUCUUCCAUGCCAAGCUACUGCCCUCCUGCUUAUUACUUUGUGUAGAAAAUGGACUAAAAUUGAGCUUUCCUAACAAAUUAAUAUUCAACCAUAGUUGAAUCUUAACUAAUCUUCAUACUUUAUGGGUAUUCAUUUGUCGAGACUUAUUUAAAAUAGUGAAUUUGAAAUUUAAAUGAUUCGAGUUUGUUGAUACGUACGUGAAAUAAAGGAGGAAAAGGGUUUUCUAGUGAAGAAGCAAGGAAGAAGAUCAUAGAAUGGAAUGUCUAAAGUGUCGUCCCUUAAAGAGAAUUUUUAAAAAUAUAUAUAAGAGAAGUUUUUCGAGUCAGAGUCUGGAUGGAGUUAUGAUAUAUUUUACUAUAACUAUAUAACAAUGUUCAAAUUUUGUUAUGUUUUUUGUUCUAAUAUUGGAUAAUAGCCUAAAAUUCUGAAUAUAAAAGGCUGCAUAAUAGCCUAAAAUGAUUAGAUAAAGUGUUAUUUGAGGUAAAAUUUGUUCAAUUGAAGUGUUAAUUGAGUAGGGACUAAAUUGUAAAAAUUAUAAAUUUUGGGGUAAAAGUGUAAUUUCAAAAAUUGAAGGGCAUAAAUUGUGAAGUGAAUUAGUAUUGAAAUAGAUGCUAAUGAAUGGAAAAUUUUAUAUUAUAAAUCGGGAAUUCGAAGAUAAACAAGGAAAAGAAAAAGUCACUGAUGAGCCCCUGAAAUAUUACAACUCCUACAAAUUAGCCCAGGUAAGUUCAUACGGCUGAACUUUUAUGAUUAAUUGUUAAUGUGGGAAUGAUUUAAUGUAUUAAUUCGUGUAUUUUUGUUGAAUUAUGAUUAUUGUAAAAAUGUGAAAAUCAAACUGUAAGUUCAAAUUAAGAGAUACGCAGGAUUGAGUACAUAUGUUCAAUAACCAUUGACAAAUUAACGAAUAAGUCCAUGGUGGAUCCGUGGCAAAGUGUGGAACGUAGGUAUGGUAAUUUAGUAAAGAAAACCAUACUGAGUUGUGAAACGUAGGUAUGGUAUUUCAGUAAUGAAAAUCAUACUGAGUUGUGAAAAGUAGGUUGGUAUUUCAAUAAAGAAAACCAUAUUGAGUUAUAGCAUUGUAAAGGAUUCAAACAAAUCGUGGCACCGAGCAAAUUGUGUACUCAAAUCCGCAAGGCAAUCCUUAUUUUAACAAGUAUUUGUAAGUGCAAUUGGAGCUAAAUGUUGGAAUAUAAGUUGAUAUCUGAUAUUGAGCUCAAUUGAGUAAAUUCAUUAUUUGAUAUUGUGGUUGGCAGGAAAUAUUGCAUACUUGUUUAUGAAAAAUGUUAGUGAAAUUUUGGUAAGAUUCUAUUAUGAACCUAUGAACUUACUAAGCUUUCUGUAAGCUUACUUGUAUGUGUUUAUUAUUUCUUGUAGAUUGACGUAUAUAUAUGUUCGGGGGAUCAGAUCUAGAUAAAGGAUCACACAAACCAGAUUUACUCCGGUAGAUUUUGUUAAACAACUUUUUGAUUUAUAUGGCAUGUAUAGGGGUUGAAGUAAUAAAGUAAUAGUAUGAAUGAUUAAGCAUGCAAAGUAAAUCUGAAUGUGAUGGUUGAGGUAGAUAUUGAAAUAUACAUGUUUUAGCUUGAAA